AUGGAGGAAGAUUGCUGCGCCACGCAACUCAUCUAUGGAGAUGGUGAGUUUAAUGCUGAUGGGCUCGACAGGUUCGUCAAGGAAGUGAAGCUUGCUGAGUGUGGAGUCUCCUAUGGUGUUGUUGCCAUCGUGGGUCCUCAGAGCAGCGGGAAGAGUACUUUACAGAACCAUUUGUUCAACACUAAGUUUAGGGAGAUGAAUGCAAACAGUGUAAGGAGCCAAACUACGAAGGGUAUAUGGAUAGCCAAGUGUGUUGGCAUUGAGCCUUGCACGAUUGUCAUGGACUUGGAGGGUACUGAUGGCAGGGAGAGAGGCCAGGAUGAUACUGCAUUCGAGAAGCAAAGCGCCCUAUUUGCCCUGGCAGUUUCAGACAUUGUGCUGAUAAAUAUCAAAGGCUAUUCAAAUUAUGCACUCAUAAUUAACGCUCCUCAACCAGAGCUGAUGAGGCAGGAAAUGUUCAAAAGGUCUCUUGACGAGCAAGACAAACCUUUUCUUGAAACAUUUUUUCAGGUCAUGAUGCGCUUUAGCUUCCCCCGUAAAACGAUGUUAAUGUUCGUUAUACAUGAUAAUUCAAAGACCCCGUUUCAACAUUGGCACCCUGGUUUGAGGAAAUUUAUACUGAAUAUAUGGAAUGGAGUCCCGAAGCCCCAAGCCUAUAAAAGUACCCGCUUCAGUGAUUUCUUUAGUGAAGAAGUAGUUGUUAUGUCUAGUUAUGAAGAGAAGGAGAAGUUUAAGGAGGAGGUUGCUCAACUGAGGCAGCGGUUUUCCCAUUCUAUUUCUCCAGGAGGGUUUGCUGGUGAUAGAAGGGGUGUUGUCCCUGCCUCAGGAUUUUCCUUUAGUGCACAACAGAUUUGGAAAGUAAUCAAAGAGAACAAGGACCUGGAUCUUCAAGCUCACAAGGUUAUGGUUGCCACUGUUCGGUGUGAAGAGAUUGCCAACCAAAAAUUUAAUCAAUUGAUCAAUGAUGGGGGUUGGUUGGCAUUGAAAGAAGCUGUCCAAAUUGGUCCUGUACAAGGUUUUGGUAAAAGGCUUAGCUCCAUUGUAGGCACCUAUCUUUCUGAAUAUGACACGGAGGCCAUCUACUUUGACGAAGGUGCAAGGAACUCAAAACGACAACUGUUGGAGUCAAAAGCGUUGGAUUUUGUUUACCCUGCGUACAUGACCAUGCUGGGACAUCUACAUUCUAAAGCGCUUGAAGAUUUUAAAGUGAGGUUGGAAGAAUCGUUAAACAAAAUAGAAGGAUUUACUUCAUCUGUUCGUACUUGUACUCAGUCUUCCAUGCUUGAGUUUGACGAAGGAUGUGCAGAUGCGGCCAUACACCAAGCUAAUUGGGAUUCUUCCAGAGUUCGCAAAAAACUUCAACGUGAUAUAGAUGCAUAUGUGUCAUCCGUUUGUAGUGCAAAGUUGUCAAAAUUGAAUGGCAACUAUGAGGAACAACUGUCUGCAUCUUUAACGGGACCAGUAGAAGCUCUACUUGAAACUGGUGGCAAAGACACUUGGGCUUCAAUAAGAAAACUUCUUAAUCUUGAAACUGAAUUUACAAUAUCAAAGUUUUCAGCUGCAGUUGCCGAUUUUGAGUUGGACAAAGAAACAAUUGCCAAACUGUUACAACAUUUAAGGGAUUACUCAAGGAAUGUGGUGGAAAAAAUUGCAAGAGAAGAGGCUACAAAAAUUAUGAUCCACAUGAAGGAUCGGUUUUUCACAGUCUUCAAUUAUGAUUGUGAUUCAAUGCCUCGGGUUUGGACAGAGAAAGUAGACAUUAGAAGUAUUACGAAGGAUGCUCGCUCUGCGUCUAUGAAGCUUUUGGCCGUCAUGGCUGCUAUCCGCUUGGAUGAGAAGCCAGAUAAUAUUGAAAAAGUUUUAUUUUCUACUCUGAUGGAUGGAAUUGUUAAUGUUUCAUCUUCACAAGAUAGGAGAAUAGGAGCUUCUGCAGACCCUCUUGCCUCAAGCACUUGGGAAGAGGUUUCUUUAGAGAAUACCUUAAUUACUCCAGUGCAGUGCAAGUCCUUGUGGGUAGAGUUCAAAACAGAGACCGAGUAUAGUGUCAUUGAAGCUAUUUCAGUGCAGGAGGCUUACAAGCGAAGUAACAACUGGUUGCCUCCUCCGUGGGCUAUUAUGGUGAUGGUCGUUCAUGGUUUCAACCAAUUUAUGCUCCUCUUAAAGUAAUUAUGGCCGUUCAGAGUACUAAGUUUGUGCACAUUGUUAAUUAUUUGGAAUUCCCAACUUGCUUGUCCAUACUGUUCCUUUUCUCUUCAAAUGAAACAGUGGUCAUAUUUGU